UGGCCAACGAUGAGGCUACAAAAAAGUCCGCUCGGAGUGUGUUCAUAUGUGGUCAUUCUCUGGUUACUCUGCGCUUCGGAUGCCCUAUUCAAAUUCACCAACAUCAAGUGUACUUGCUAUGAAAAGUCGUUCUGUGAGCUAAGGCGUUGUGAAUUAAAAGUAUUGGGUCGUGGUGUUGUGGGCUUAUUUUUGCAUGCCCAGGCCAAUCAGUUACCUAUAAACACUUCCUCGUGCGUUCUUACACUGUUCCGAAGAUUUAAUGGCUACAGGCCAUUUCUCUACAAUAUCACCGUCGAUAUUUGCAGCUUUCUUAAGAACCGAAAGCGCUAUCCAUUCUUCGAUUUGGUUUACGAUGGUAUACGAAACUUCAGCAACAUAAAUCACACCUGUCCCUAUAAUCAUGACAUAAUCGUGAACCGAAUGGUGCUGAAUGAUAACAUGAUUGUGAAGGUUCCUGUGCCGAGUGGCUUUUACAAACUCAAGUUUAACCUGAAAACAGAUGGCGUUUGGCGAGGCGAAGUUGAAGUCCACGUUGAGGUUAACUUGGGAUUCGAUCGCUGAAGAACUAGAUCCAUCAGCUUGAACAUGACUCACUUAGCAGAUAAGAUCUAUUCGCUUACGCGUAUCCAUCAUAUUCAAUACAAUCUUUGGUUCAAUGAAGCGUGUGGGUUGGACAUAAUCUUGGUCUACACUUAAAAAAAAGAUGUCCAUCGCUAUCUUAUUAUGUAACAUAUGUAUCAAAAAAAAAAAUAAAUAACAAUAAUUAUUAACACAAAUAAAAGAAAGAUGGUUUAAGAAAAAUACAAAAAUUAUUUUUCAAGG